AUGCAUCUCAGAUCGACAGUCACUUCAUUGCUGACCUCCAGCACCGUGCUGGGGGUCAAUGCCGCUAGCAAACCGGAGCUGUCAGCAAAUGCUCAAAGUUUGUUUGACUUUUCGAUGGAGAUUGGAGAUUCCAGAUGGGAUGAUUCAUACAAAUUCAUAUCCUAUCAAGACAGGGGACCGUGGUCUGUCAGAUUCACUGCCUGGUACACCGCAGGUCUAUUGCAUCGCAACAAGGGCAACGACGCAGCGAACGCGAGAGCGGCCAUUGAGAAUAUCCUUGCAAGCCAGAUGACAUCGGAUUAUGAGUCUGCAUGGUACGGAACCUUCAAGCUCUCGCCUGAUGAGCCGGACCCAACUCCCAAUUCUACACUGUACCCGCCCAAGAUCUAUAAUACGUACGAUCCAAACUGGAGAGAAUUCAUUGGAUCGCAACUCAUCCAAGACGUCGAACUCUACUCCGACCUCCUAGGAGAAGACUUGGUCAAGAAAAUCGAAGAUGCCCUCGAGAUCCAGGCCGUCGGUGCCAUGCGACGCAACGGCAGCUACCCGAAAGACGACAACCUCAUCCUGGGCUACUCCAACCCAGCCCUCAUGCGUGCCCUGACCGUGGGCUGGAUCGGUGCAAGACGUCAGAACUCGACUUUUAUCGAUUUUGCAAACACCCAAGGCUCCGAGCUCUUGGAGCUGUUCAAGUCCAACGGGUCAAACACGCUGGGCGAGUACAACGCCCCCAACUACUACGGCAUGGACAUCUGGGCUCUGGGCGCCAACAUCGCCUACGGACCGCGCAACGCCACGAUGACCAAGAACUCGGAGUUUAUCCUUACCGAGUUGUGGAAGGACAUCGUGGACCAUUACAACCCGUACCUCGGUAACCUCGUAGGGCCGUACGACCGGGCUUACACGCGCGACAUGACGAAGCACUCAUCCAUUCUCCCCAUGUACUGGUGGGCCAUCUUUGGUCGCGAGUACGGACCCCAGCCUCCCAAGGGAGAGGGCGACUUGCUUUUCGACGCGUCGCAGGGCGCAGCAGUUUCGCUGGUUGCCGAGACGGUUUCCAAGUUCAUCUCCGACAGCACCGCUGCGGCGCUCAAGGCGAAGGGCCCAUGGAGCGGUUCUCGCCUCGUGACGAAGACAGUCAAGGAGGAGCUUGACACGGACGAAACUCGCACCGUGACCUCGUGGAUCAGCGCUCCUCUCAUGGUCGGCGGCCAGAAGCUCAGCGAGGAAAAGAACCGCGGAAACCAGUUCGUCCCGGCCAUCGUGCACUGGGCUUCGGACCCUGCGCAUAAGCCGUGGCCCUAUGUUGGCUUUUUCGUGCUGUAUCCCUCUGCCUCCACGAUCGACGCCGUGGCUGGUGAGAAGUCGCUGAGCGUUUCGUACCCCAAUAAGACGCAGGAGGGUUCUGACAUUUUUACCUUUGCUUUGUCUGGAAUUCCGCCUUCCUGGACGCUGGGCGGGGAGACCAUCACCGGGCUGGAGGAGCUGCCUUGCUUGAACGUCAACGUUUCCGCGCCGGGAUUGGAGAAGUUGCCGAUUACUUACGGCAGCCAGCUGAGGAAUCACUGGUUUUAUAAUGUCUCUUAUGCGGUGCCUGCGGAUUUUGAGGGUGUUCCGCAGGUGAACUUGACAAUGGAGUAUACGUGUGAGAUUUGA